AGCCAGUGUUUCUUCAGCUCGGAAACUCUCUCAGAGAAGUCUGGCGACUUCAAGGAAUGCAAGUGUCUGCCCAUCAAGCCUCCAUGCACAGGUUUGUUGCCUUUGGGAGCCCAGGAGCAGUACCAGUCACUUGCGUCCGUGCGUGAUGGGGGGUAUUCCUGCCAGCUGUGCCCCUACGUGACUGAAUACAUGUCGCACAUGAAGCAACACCUGCGCACACACACAGGAGAGCGCCCCUUCAAGUGCCACCUCUGCCCAAGCGCAUUCACUCAGGAUUGCCACCUGAAAGUGCAUGUACGCAUCCACACGGGUUUGUUGCCUUUGGGAGCCCAGGAGCAGUACCAGUCGCCUGCGUCCGUGCGUGGCGGGCGGUAUUCCUGCCAGCUGUGCCCCUACGUGACUGAAUACAUGUCGCGCAUGAAGCAACACCUGCGCAAACACACAGGAGAGCGCCCCUUCAAGUGCCACCUCUGCCCAAGCGCAUUCACUCGGGAAUACCACCUGCAAGUGCAUGUACGCAUCCACACGGGGUCCUCACCAUUGGGGUCACUGGAGCAGUACGAGUCGCUCGUGUCUGUGCACAGCCGGCUGCAUUCCUGCCGGAUGUGCCCUUACAAGACCAAGAAAAGGGCGCGCAUGACGACUCAUGUGCGCACACACACGGGUGAGCGCCCCUUCAAGUGCCAUCUAUGUCCAUGCGCAUUCACUCGGAAUUGCCACCUGAAAGAGCAUCUGCGCACCCACACAGGAGAGCGUCCCUACCAGUGCCACCUAUGCCCUUGUGCAUUCACUCGAAAUUCCCACCUGAAAGAGCACCUGCACAGCCACACAGGAGAGCGUCCUGUGUCGCGGAAUAAACUCUUAGUCCACAUGUUUUGUCAUGCAGGGGAGAAGCCCUAAAGGUCAGGGGUUUUCAUAUUUUUUUCUUUUUUUUGUAGCUGAACCGAUUGAUCGAAUUCUUUGUGGCACUAGGCGAUUUCUAUACUGCAAUGAGAGGUUUCCUGCCCCUUCAGCCAUAGAGUUCCUUGUAAUUUUACCUAAGUUCAGCUGUCACGACUGUCUGUGAGAACUUCUUUUCUUUCCUGUGACUUCAUAGCUAUGCCAGCAUAUCGAUGGUAUGGAUUGUCUUGAAUGCGGCUUGGCCUGAAAUGUGCUCAUGACUGUGUAAAUAGGUUUGUCUAUAUUAUUUUAGCAAGGGAAAAGAAAGUAAACAAAACAGAAACAUAAUUGGAACCAGGGCAGAGUAGCAUGUGCCAAGUUCCUCCCCUUGUCGUUUCUGAUGUGUCUACUACCUCUAGGAUAGCUACGCCAGACCACACUCCAGCCUAUUCUCUUCCUCUAGGACAGAGGGGGAGAGAGCAGCACGUACAUAAGAAUUGCUUCCAAGAAAAUCUGAUGAUGACAAGUCUUGUCAAAAUGUUCGCUUAAAGCGUCACUCCUUGUUCUGCUAAUCCUGAUCACUUUAAAUUUCCAUCUUUCUUUCAACUUCUGUCUUGUUCAAAACUAUUUUCAAAGUUAGUUUCAAACAUCACCAGAUUGCUACCUUGUUAGUGCAUUUACAUCUUGCCUAGUGUCGGGGCUCAUUUGUUCCAGCAGUCCAGGUAACUACGUGAUUUUAUUGCAGCAGCAGUUAAAAUCUCUAAACUUGUGUUUGCUGUGUCCAUGCAUCUUGUAAAGAGCUGGAAGCAGUGUGUGUGGCUUCCUCGACCAUUUCUUGAAAUUUUAUAACAAAAAGCGUAAUGCCGCAUUCUCUAUAUGUAAAUUGUUGGAACCAAGCCAUAUAAGCUUAUUCUUUCUAUCUAGCUUCACACUUAUAUGGAAGGAAACAGCAAGAACUGCAGAUGGAAGGGUGACACCCUUCACAACGUGGUCAUGGGGUAUAUGUGUAUCGUGUACGUGUCAGUGUGUGAUAGGUGUAGCCAGGCUUGCAUUGUGACCAUGUACUCAAGUUGUACCUUGAGUACCAUGAUGUCCUGCAUGAUCUUGCAGCUGGAUAUUUGACAUAGUAAGCUGCUUUUGAAUUAUGCUCCCUUUUUUCUGGUCUUAAAAAUUGCAUAGCCAUAGCUGUCCAUGAGAGGAAAUUUUGCUGCUGCCUCUUAAAACAGAAUAAUUUGAUUAGUGAUCUGCAAACAAAAGUAACAGUUGUUAUGUGUGUUCUUUCCUCAUUUGAACAUUGGCCCUGUAUGUGUUAUGUGUUUUGGGACUUUAUGUAUAGUAAUACAUUUUUUAUUGUAUAUUAUGUCCCAAUUGUGAAUUUGGUUCCUUGUACUGCAUUUAUUUUUAUGUUUAGUAACACUGGCAUUCUUUAAUUGUCAUUACUUUAGUACUGCAAUGUGUGCCUAGUAUCACUUUUUCUCUUUUACUGUUUGAAAAACCUGUAUUGUUUACUUUAGUGAACAUAUUUCAUAUGCUGCUGUUGUAUAAAGUUGUGAUGAAUAUAUUGUUACGCCCACAAAAGGCGUUACUUUGAAGCCGGGUAGAGUUAGAAGCGAUGGCCUUGGUCAACUCAGCGCCUGUCGAGAUUCAGCCAGCCAGCCACACGUCGUCGUCCUCGUUCACUACUCUUCGGUGCCCCCGCAUACUGUUUGUUGAGGCGUGAACCCACUAUGCACCUAAGCGCGUCACAUUCGUGAACCCACUAUGCACCUAAGAGCGUCACAUUUCCCUCCGCGCAGACGAAGCCCGCCAGGCAAGUCAAACAGGCUGUCGAGAAAUAAAGGGCUUUAAACGGGCGACAUGCGAAAGUUCAGUCUUUGCUGACCGUCGGCCAU